CAGUUGUUCCUUGAUAUGCUAAUGCGCUAAUAUUUUAUUUCAGAAUUAUUGUUGCACAUGUUUGGCGAACUUUGCCACAUUAUGUUCGGAGUUCUUAGAGGAACUGCUGCCUGACAAGCCUUACUGCGGGUUGAAAUUUCCACGCGUCGUGUGCGGAACUGUUCGAAAACAGCAGCGCGAAAAAAAGCAGGUCGCCAGCUAACAUGUCUAGUUUUAGAGUUUAGGCAAUAAGAUGUGUGUCAUUUUGACAUUUUGUCGUGAUAUGACCUGUUUUAGUUGUGUUAAUUUUAACAUUUAGGAUACUUUUGUUCACUGUAGCUUCAGUAUUUUCGGGUUUUAAACGUUAGCUUAGCCAAACGUCACUGGUUUGCCGUUAGCUGUGUGGUGUAUGUUAGCUUGCUAGUAUGAAACCUGCUCGAGGUUCUAAACGGGCCCCAUCAAACGGACCUAACGUGAAAAAAACGGAUAAACAGGAAAAAACAGCGAAACAGAAGCCCAGUGACAAUCACAAUGCCAAGAAACCCACAGCAGCACAGAAGAGAAAAGCUGAAGUCUCACCUUCAGUCCCCAAGAAAGUCAAAGCUCAGGACAACUGGAAGCUCAUACCGAGGCCCUCCAUCACUGCUCUGGAGAGCAUAAUGGACUUGGCAAUACUAGCAACUCUUCCUCUGAGGCGGACAGAGAAAAAAGAGAGCCAGGAACAUCUGAACAUAAUGAAAAACAGGUUCCUUGCUGAAUGUGCACAGCUCAGAGUUCCAGCGCAGAAACAGAAAAAUCUGGAGCAUUCAUCUCAACGCCAUCAGGAAGAAACCAAGAAGUCGGUGGUUGGAAAGGAGACUCUGAAUACCCUGGAGGAAGAUUUGUGGGCUGUGAUAGGUGCUCUGGAGAAGACAGAGGAGCAGACUGCGUCAUUACAGCACUCAUGCAAUAUGCUGAGAGAACAGGUGGAGGAGGAGGAAGAGAAAUCUAAACAGAUUUUACAAAGAAUUGAACAAGCAGUUCUCAACCUCCCCCGUCUUCCUCAACAGAAAGAUGGCAAAUCAUUAGAGGCUCGAUUGAGAAAAAUUAUACGAGACAGUGACUCUGAGACCACUGCCCGGAAACUAGGAGAAAUCCUUCAGAAAUCGGAGGCCGUCCAGGAUGACCAGGUGCUGCUUCUACAGGCACACAAACAUGCUGAUCAGCUCUUCAGGAAAACCAAACCGUGAUGCAACUAGUUCUGAGGAAAUUCAGCCACAUAUCUCUACACUGGGUUGAUUUUUUUUUUUAAAGGAAGUUGACAAAUAAAAAAAGUUUGCAGCUCUUCACACCUAGUUUGGAGCUUUGAUGUGUGGGGAGAUGCUUAUUGCAAUUCAUAUUACUUCCACUUGUGUGGUUGUUUUUGUGGUUAUUUCUGCUUAGAAUGCACUAAAGUGCAGCACCCUGUUUUUUCUUUAUUCUGACUUUAAAUGAAAUAUGAACGGACUGGUCUUCUGUGGAUGCUUUUGCCUUGUGAAAAGAAAGCUCAGAUAUCUUACUUCUUUGUUGUCAUUUGAAAGACAAA